AUGUGCACGAAUACUUCAUCCCUCAUAAGUUCUAGCUAUGGACGUAUAUUUACAGCGGUAUCAUUUGAUAGGCAGGAGUUCUACGUUCGGUUCAAGGGUCCAGAAGAGACACCGUUUACUGGCGGACACUGGAAAAUCCACGUCGAGUUACCAGAUCAAUAUCCCUACAAGAGCCCGAGCAUUGGUUUUGUCAACCGGAUCUUCCAUCCUAACAUCGAUGAACUCUCCGGAUCGGUUUGUCUCGAUGUCAUCAACCAAACUUGGUCGCCGAUGUACGACAUGAUCAACAUUUUCGAAGUCUUCCUCCCCCAGCUCCUUCGUUACCCGAAUCCUUCAGACCCAUUGAACGGCGAGGCGGCUGCAAUGUUGAUGAGGGAGCCCAAAAGCUACGAGGCCAAAGUGAAAGAGUACGUGGCCAAAUACGCUAGCAAAGAGGCCGUCGACGAUGUCGGGGAAGAUACCGAGUCGGAAGACGAAUUAAGUUCCGCCGGGAGCUACGAGUCCGGCGGGGAGGAACCCGCGGGCACGAUGGACGAUGUCUAG